AUGACUAGCACUCCGCCCCUCUCGCUAAACGCAUCUCAUACCGAGAUCUUCCUUCAAAUCAGGGAGAAGGGUCUUUUGCGACCACCCAACCCCAUGAAAGUUACUCACAAAGAUCGAUCAAAAUAUUGCAGGUUCCACCGAGACUACGGCCACGACACGGAAGACUGCCACGACCUCCAGAACCAGAUCGAGGACCUGAUCAGGAGGGGUCAUCUCGGUCGCUACCUCAAGGAACCCCGAGAAGCGACCCCACGACCCAUGGUGCCCGUCGAAAGACAGAUCGACGUCAUUUCUGGAGGACCGAUGGCCGGCGACAGCAGCUCAACGGCGAGGAAGGCCUAUGCUUGGAGCACGGUCGAGAAAUACCCCAGACCCGAGCUUGAGCCCGAAAUCACUUUCGGAGCCGAAGAGGUCGAACGUUCCCAUCAUGACGACGCUUUGGUGAUCUCCAUCCAGAUCGCCAACGCUCGAGUGAGAAGGGUAAUGGUUGACACCGGGAGCUCUGCCGACGUGCUGUACCUCGACGGGCCGAGGUGCGGUAUUCCCCGAUCGAAAAGCUGA